UUGGAACGCAUCCAUGAGUAGGGCGGGACCGCGAAAUACCGGCAACCGCAGCCCGGUGAGGGUACGGUUCUGAGUCGAGUUGCAAUUCCCGGCCGAAACCAAGGCUGGAUGAGCACACCUACGGUACCACAAGGAACAGGCGCCGAUGCGGACGCGCCGUUGACCCCAGGAGUCCUUCCAGCCAGCAAUCCAAGCUUGGCAGAUCCGGCAGCCCUCUUGAAGGUUGGUUGUGCCAUCGUGGUAGGCUGUGCUCAGGCUUUAGAGGCAGCGGGAGAAGAAAGUUCUUGGGCGGAAGCUCCUGAAUCCGAGCCCAGAAAAGGUUCCAAGGCCAAAGGCAAGUCCAAAGGGAAUAGCAAAGGUGGGCCCCGGAAACCACGGCGUCUCCCGGGGCAUCACUUUGCCACGUUGUCAGCCAUUUGCCAAGCAGAGAAAGAACGACAAGGUGAAGCCCCAGAGGAAGUGGAUGACGACUUGGAAGAAAGCCUGGGUUUGCAAGCUGGUGUCUUUCCCGGAGGCCGUCAAAAAACGAGCCAACGCUUUCCUCCAGGUUUUCGCAGUGCCCCGCGACCGUCGCACGGCAUGGCGCGCCCCACUCCACCGUCUCAAAGUUGCUUGAAGGCACUACCCGCGAAGAGUGUCCAGGACUUCUUGUCUGCUGUGCAGGAAUGCCGCCUUGAACAAGCCCAAGAAGCCUUGCGCCAGAUCCGCGCCGCCGGGAGCCGUCGCUCCAAGGAGGCCUUUGGAGGCAUGCGAGCGAUGCUGCACUACUACCUAGAGUCCAGUGCCACUUUGAACCAGGUGGCGCAGGCACUGAGCUUUCUGGAUGAGCUCAAAGCAAGCUCUGAUGCACGACUCGUGAGCUCGGCUGCAUUCAAUGCAUUGCUGCGUGGGCUUUUGUCCCGGAGUGGCUUUGAAGAGGCCCAAUGGCUCCGCAACGAGAUGCUCCGCUUUGGCGUUGCGCCCAAUGAGGCAUCGCUGAACUUGCUGAUGGACACGGCCGCCAGAUCUGGAUCUCAUUUGGAUGAAGCCUGGGACAUCCUGGAGGAGAUGCAGAAGCAAAACUUGAAGGCUGACAAGUACACCGUCUCGAUCCUCACGAAGCAGCUCUCCGAUCGAAUCUCUGACAAGAGGCGCGUGCCUCGCGGUGUGGCCAUGGUGGAGUACUUCUUGAAGACCCAGCCGGAAGAUGUGGACGAGGAUGAGGCUCAGGAACCCGAGAAACCGCCGGAGGAGGUCUUGGCCGCGGCUAUGGAAGAGGUCGAGGACAAGGAGGCCUCCGAGUCGGAACGGAAGGCUUCGGACUGCGAUGUCUCCCACAGUGCCCACCCUGAGUCUCGUCCGGGGGUGAAGAGGGUCAAGCGCAAGAGGAGAAAACGAAUUCCCAGAGCUGACCAGCAGCACAAGAAGCACGAACCCGAGAAAGAUGAGUCUUCGGGGGAAAAGGAGAAGGACAACAGCGAGGAAGGUGAAGCUGGUGAAGCGAGUGACGCUGAAAAGGCUGCCUCUGAAGCUGCCGAAGCUGCCGAAGCUGUUGAAGCCAGUGAUGCUGAAGCUGACGCAGUCGAAGUGGUGGAAGCUGACAAGGAGAAUGAUGAGAAGUCCGAGAAGGACAAGGAUGAAAAGAAGGAAGAGAAGGAAGAGGAGGAAGAAAACAACGAGGAUGACAAACUUUCAAAAUCCGAAAAGGAACCCUCCGAAAAAGAAGAGAAGGCCCAGGAAGAAACUGCAAAAAGUGCCGUGCUUCCUGUUCGAGUGGGAACCAAAGCGAAGGCCGCACCAAAGCGCGACCGAGUGGAUCAAAAUCUGCAGAAGGGUGUGGCAGAUGAUGCUGAAGAGCGUGAGUCUCCGUCAGAGAAUCAGGAGAGCGCGAAGGAAGCACCGACAAAAGAAGAGGUGAUUCCGAUGCGGGCCAAGGCGGCCAAGGCGGCCAAGGCGGCCAAGGUCCCCGCGAAGGAUGAGUCGCAGGAAGACCAGGACGUUGAACAGGAAGACGUUGCAGAUGGAGAGAAGGAGGACAAAGAGGAGGAUCAGAAGGACGAAGAAUCAGACGAAGAAGAGAAUGAAGAGGAAGAUGACGAAGAAGAUGAAGAGGACGCCCAGGAGGCGAAGCGCAAGGCGUCCUUGGCCCAGGUGGUGUCCUUAAUCCGCGAGGUCUACAAGCGGCGGAAUCCCGCGAAGCUUGGGGAAGUCAAGGACCUCGUGGCCAAGUACAAGGGGCAAGAGGAAGAGUUGUACCGCCACAUUUGCAAAAAGUAUGGCGAAAGGCCGAGGCUUCCUGCUAGUGCUCGAGGGGAUCGAAGCGAAGGCCGUGGUCGGAAAAGAGCCACAGGACCUCACCGUAGUAGACAUGGUCGCAGCCGCCGGGAGGGCCGUAGCCGUUACCGCGACCGCGAUCAUCGCGACCAUCGGGACCACCGCGACCGCGAUCGGGGUCGCCGCGAGCGAGCUGAUCGAGCUGAUCGAGCUGAUCGAGGUGAUCGAGGUGAUCGAGGUCGACACGAGAAGGAUCGUCAUGAUCGAAAACGCCAUGAGCUCCAUGAACGCCAAAAAGCUGAAAGUGUGAGCGAAGAGCCGAAAAAGCGGAAGAUCGCCCCAAAGGCCGUGACAUCGGUCCCUGCGGUCCCUGCGGUUCCAGCGGUUCCAGCGGUUCCCGUUCCCGCCUCGCCGAGCAGCGCGGCGGCGUCGAUCUCGAAGAGCGCGGUUCGAGCCAAGUCGACAGUGGCAGAGGUGGCAUCCCCUGAGGAUGCCAGUCGCAAGGGUUUCGCGAAGAAAUCCUCGGCCCCUGCGCCGCCGGUGCCGGCCGCGCCAGGCCCUGCACCGACGCCGGCGCCGGCGCCGGCUGGGCCACCCAGCGGCAAAGCGCUGCAAGCGCCGCCGGGACAUUUCCCCGUCCGUCCAGGACCACCUCCUGCUGGCCCACCUCCCCUGGCGCCGCCACCGGGUUCGUGGGCGCCCAAGGGGCCCCCACCCAAGCCGCAGCCCUUGAAACCGCAGAAAACCGGUGAGAAGGCUGGCAAGGAGUGUCCGGUGCUGGAUGUUGGCCCUGAAAACUCCUCAUCCUACACCUCCUCCGAGUUGUCCGAGAGCGAAGAAGAAGCUUUGCCCCUUCCACCUGCUGCGAAAGCCAUGGCCACACAAGUCACACAAGUCACACAAGUCACACAAGUCACAAAAGUGGCGGCCAAGAAGGCUCCUGCUGCCAGGGGUGCAGAGAAGUGCCAGAGCGUUAGUAGUAGCGGCUCGGAGAUGAGCAGCUCAGAAGCUGACAUCCCACCGCAGAAGACAGUGGCAGGAGCGCGGCUUUCGCCAACCAUCUCUCCUCCCAGACUUCGUCAGGCGAUGGCUGGCAAGAGGAACAUCGACAUGGCCAUACUGGAUCGCUAUCAUCAGGUCUUCUGUACCUGAGGGAGUCAUAGACUUCGCCCAGAGCCUGGAAAAA